UGAUUCUAUCCUGGUUUCAUGAUGAGGAAAGACCGCUGGCGUGGAGAGACGGCCACUUGAUUCUGGUGCAUCCUCAAAUAAACUCACACACCCUAGUUUUCUCUGUUCCUUCAAAAGGAAAAUGGUUGUACAUCCCCUAACUAACCGUUGGAAGGCGAUCAUCGUGAUGUUUUAGGAAACAUAAUGAUAAAGUAAUGAUAAUAAGUAGUCAUCAGUCCUAGGAAAUAUAAUGAUAAAGUAACUAGAAUUACUUGAGCGCUAUAGACUCAUUGAUAUCUGUCUAUACUUGAUAUCGCACAAUGGGGAACGCCUUCAGUGUCGUCUAUGCAACGGGCGUGGACGAACAAGACGGCAAGCAGUUGACAGUCGACCCAUACUAUCACAGACACGGCUUCGAUCCGGAGAAGCCCUAUGCGUAUUACGGGGACACCUUUCCGCGACCUUUUUCGCACUACGUAGCACUGCGCUGCAUACCAGUUUUAUGUCUCCUACUUCAAGUACAGACCUAGUAGUGAGAUACUUCAACUCAUCAUGGGUUGUCUGGUGUCUAUUAAUGGUUCAUGAGUUGUCUGGACCUCGUGUCUAAGGACUUUGGUCUAGUUAGUGUAAGGAACGUUGGUGCCUAAGUACUUUUAUGUAGUUCUAGUUAAUAGUGCAAGGAGCUUAGUUAUUAAUCUCAUCUUGUGAUUUGUUCACUUGUCUAGUCAGUGUCAACUAGAAGACGGUGUAGCUGACAAUAAGAAAAUACUUGCAAGCUCUACUGCUCUUUCUUCCAUUUUUCCUUCUUAUAAAACCUUUGUCAUGUUCUUUCUUACUUUUGCGCUUUCUUCUAAAAGCACCUUCUUUGUGUCCUACUACUUCUAAUAGCACCUCUGUCAUGUUUCUUUUACGCUUUCUUGAAGAAAUAGACCCGUUGAUGGGUUACGGGACUAAGCAGUAAGAGUAUCGGUGAUGUUGUGAAAAUUAUCUGAAGGUAAGAAAUGAAUCUUCUAAUGAAACCUCUGCUGUGUUUCUUCCACUGCGUAUACCUUUUGCUCUUUGGCGCUUUCGAAUUGGUUCCAGUCUAUGUGCCGUCUGGAGGCACUGCAAGUAGUCCAACAGCCCAAUCCGGUACUGUGGCAUUACUGUCGCUUCACACAGAAUUCAGUACUUUGUCGAAUGCAAAAGCUAGUGCGGCGGCUAGCUUCGCAUUGGGACACGCAAGUUUAUGGCCGCGCCCAAUCCAUCUUCAGCAACACCCAUCAGAAGUUUCAGGAGAUCAGGGUGACAACUGUUUAAUAUUCUUAGUUUCUUGAGGAAAGUCGCUCCAAAUGGGAAAAGCGGUUGAGGAUGCAUCGCGCGAUGGCUUAGCGUGAGCUCUAACAAGUAACAGAGUGGGCUCACGUAGUACAACACCCGUAGCAGCUGGCUCAGGAGCUUAUGGCGCUACUGCAGUCGGUGCAGCGUCUGGCCCAACAUCGAGCUCUCUCACCAACAUUAGCUCGUCUUCACUUGCUGAAAUAUCUUCAUCCACAUCUGCUGAAUCCACAUCCUCUACUGUCGAAAAAGCUCAAGGGCCAUCCUCUAGCACCCAGAAGACUUCGACGAGUCCCUCACUGGGAGCUCAAAAUGGCGGUUGGAGAAUCAGACUACGGCUACCAGCGGGUUCCUACUCCAUUAAGGGUCGGCAAUUAUGGAUCGUUGGUUUCAUUUCCACAGACAGGGAAAAUUCAAAGCCUCGACUAAGCUCGAGGGACACUAUUUGGAGUGUUCUAACACGGUCAUACUUUUUUUUUCGUCAUAGAAUAGUUCCGGGAGAUCAGGGCUACAGCGGUUUCUUAUAGCAUUUUUAGAAAAAUCACUUCAAGAAUAAGAAAAGAGCCUAUAGAUGCAAGAAACUCUAACUCGAGUUCGUCACAACUAUUAAACAAUCUAGGUGUGGCGUUUUUGGGAAUCAUUUGCGCACUAGGGAUCGCUCCCUCGAUUUACGCAGGUCACGGCUCUCCAAGAGAAUACUGUUGGCUUUUAUCCUUUCGAGCCUUUUUGGCGGUAUUCGAAUUUUGGUUGUCAGUCCUAUACGUACUAACUACAACUAGUUUGAGUAUAAAAAUAACUACUAGCACUACUUCUAGUACACUAGUAAUAUUUCUAAGAGAUCACUCAUACAUCACUAGGCACAACAACUAGCUCAUCCAUGCUCAUACAUCACCAAGUACAACAACUAACUCAUCCAUGUUAACAUACCACUAACUCAUGUUAAAACUAACGCAUCCAAGUCCAAAGAAACAAAAUCACAUCCGCCACUUCCAUUGCACUACUUGUCUCAUGAAACAACAUCACCAAGUACAACAACUAACUCACUCAUGGGCACACAUCACCGAGUACAACAACUAACUCAUCCAUGUUCACACACCACCAACUCACUCGUGCUCAUACAUCAUUCUUUUCAGAGCACGACUAAAUCACAGGUCCUUGUCUGUUUGCUCGACGCUUGGACGCUUAAAGGAUGUGAAGAAUGGGAGGAAGAUGGGCAAGCUGCCAUGGAUAAAUACGGAUAUGACGCUUUCCUCGCAGACCUUGGUCGAAAUGAGGGCUGCACUUUUGAUUAAGGCUGCACGUUAUAAAUUAUACAAAUGUUUCUUACAAGAUGAUUUGUUAAGUUGAGGCUUAAACUCAUCGCGAUUUCUUAAGUUGCAGCAUGACCACGACAGGAAGGACACACACAUUGACAUGGCAUCAUUUUUCAGUGCACCUCUGAGAAGUACCUCCUUUCGAUCAGUACUUCUAUCAAAGACGCAGGUCAAAGCUGCUGAUCGGACCGCCCUAAAUUGAGACCGUGAAAUUUGGGUUUUGCAGCAUACUUCAGUUAGUGGCGCUGCUUUACCUGAUACAGGUUCAGUUUCGCUGUAAUUCGCUGUACGAUUGCAUGGAUGAGACGGUGCAUGUGUACGAAAGGCAUAAGGCGGAAGUUUUCGAAGCUUUCGACGUGGAGGAGAAAAAGAUGCUCAUAGAUUACUUAUGGAGAAAAUGAAGAUGACGACUCAAUGCGCUAGGCUAUAGCACACUUUCGUUUUCAGUGAUGCAAGUAUUGGCUCGAGAAUUCUGCGACCCUCUGAUCGAUAAUCUAAGAAAGUCUAGAGCUGUUGACAAGGUUCCGUCUUAGUAGCACGCAACACAAGACUUUCAAGAAGUUUUAAACAGACACUAACUCUUUUUCUCUUCACUGGAGCCGCCAUAGACAGGCGUUCAGGCUGGGGCCCUGUUCUCCUCUAAGCGCCUCUCGUUUCCACCCCAGACAAGGCCCUCGACAAGGAUACUCGAUGGCGGUUAGCGCGCAAGACGACUUAAUCCGGUGGGAUAGGCGAGACUGGGACGUUCUGCCAAGGUCGCACUUUUCUGACAUGCAGUAGACUGGGACGCUCUGCCAAGAGCGCACUUCUCAGAUAUGCUGUAGUACCAAGUAAGAAUGGAGGUGGAUGAACAAAAUAAGAAAGAAAAUGCACUGUAGAACAAAGACAAAUGCACAGUUGUGGACUACUUACCUUAUAUCUAACUUUGCAGCUAUUUCUUGACUGUUAUUCAUGCUUCAUCAUGUUGUGGAGAAGAAGAUGCUACUGUUCUCGCAAUGAUAGUGAUCAUCAAUAUUUAUCAGAGAACUCCAGCAACUUGUCGAAAAUAUAGAAACGAACAGGAGGCUUCAAAAAAAUAGUAAGACGAACAGGAGCUUCCAAGAGGCGUCAACUUUCAAG